UCCGGGGCCCUGUAAUUUGACAGGAAGACAAGUGGAAAAUGAAGGUCAGAGAUGAGCACAAGCAGCAGGGACUUGGGGGCCUCUGUGGGGCUAAUACACAGCAGAGUGAAAGAUUCUCUGGCCAUCAAAAGAAAUAGCAAACUGAAGCCUUUGUCCUGGGACACAGCUGCCUACCACAGAGCAUCGGACUGCACGGCCAGCCGGAGAGUUCCUGGAGCUUGCUCAGGGAAGUGGCAGUGGUAACUGGAUGUGUGUCUGUGCAGUUAGAGCUGGGAAGUUCAACGUGAAGGAAGGUGUGAAACGCCUCCAGUGAGGUGGGCAGUUUUGGCUUGGCUGGGUGCGCUCUGCUGGCCCAUUUGCCUCUGCCCUUCUCUGACUGAAGCCAAGAAGAGGGUUGCUCACCAAGGAGUCUUUGCCCAGCUCUGCAGGCCAGCUCUCACAGACACAGGGCUCUGGCCAUCCUUAACUCCUAUCUCACACCCACUGGGCCUCUUCCACUCCUCUCCAACCUGCCCUUGAUCUGUGCCCCUUUGCUGAGAUGGAGAUGUGAGCCCGCGGUGGACGAUGACUGCAGUGUAUGUGAAUGGAGGCAGCCUGCUGAACCCCCAUUAUGCCAGGUGGGAUCGGCGGGAUAGUGUGGAAAGUGGCUGUCAGACGGAGUGCAGCAAGGAGGAUGAGGAGGGACAGCCUCGCCAGCUGACCCCCUUUGAGAAGCUGACACAGGACAUGUUCCAAGAUGAGAAGGUGGUGAGAGAGAUCACAUUGGGGAAACGGAUUGGCUUCUACCGAAUCCGAGGGGAAAUUGGAAGUGGGAACUUUUCCCAAGUCAAGCUCGGGAUUCACUCCCUAACCAAAGAAAAGGUGGCCAUUAAGAUCCUGGACAAGACCAAGUUAGACCAGAAAACCCAAAGACUACUAUCGCGCGAAAUCUCCAGCAUGGAAAAACUGCACCAUCCCAACAUCAUCCGCCUUUACGAAGUCGUGGAGACCUUAUCUAAGCUUCACCUGGUGAUGGAGUAUGCAGGGGGUGGGGAGCUCUUUGGGAAAAUUAGCACCGAAGGGAAGUUCUCAGAACCAGAAAGCAAGCUCAUCUUCUCCCAGAUUGUGUCUGCCGUGAAGCACAUGCAUGAAAACCAAAUUAUUCAUAGAGAUCUGAAAGCUGAAAAUGUAUUCUAUACCAGUAAUACUUGCGUGAAAGUGGGCGAUUUUGGAUUCAGCACAGUUAGUAAAAAAGGUGAAAUGCUGAACACCUUCUGUGGGUCUCCUCCCUACGCUGCACCCGAACUUUUCCGAGACGAGCACUACGUCGGCGUCUAUGUGGAUAUCUGGGCCUUGGGGGUGCUUCUGUACUUCAUGGUGACUGGCACCAUGCCAUUUCGGGCGGAGACGGUGGCCAAACUGAAGAAGAGCAUCCUGGAGGGCACGUACAGCGUGCCGCCGCACGUGUCGGCGCCCUGCCUCCGCCUUAUCCGGGGCGUCCUGCAGCCCACGCCCACUGAGAGGUACGGGAUCGACUCCAUCAUGAACAAUGAAUGGAUGCAAGGGGUGCCAUACCCCACCCCUUUGGAACCUUUCCAGCUGGACCCCAAACACUUGUCAGAAACCAGCACCCUCAAAGAAGAAGAAAAUGAGGUCAAAAGCACUUUAGAACAUUUGGGUAUUACAGAAGAGCAUAUUCGGAAUAACCAAGGGAGAGAUGCCCGAAGCUCCAUCACAGGGGUCUAUCGCAUCAUUUUACACAGAGUCCAAAGGAAAAAGGCUUUGGAAAGUGUCCCAAUAAUGAUACUACCAGACCCUAAAGAAAGGGACCUAAAGAAAGGGUUCCGUGUCUACAGAGGCAUAAGACACACAUCUAAAUUUUGUUCAAUUUUAUAAAUUGCAUUAGACUGCUGGUAAUUAACCAAGAUCAUUGUUGCUGCUUUUAAACUUUUUCACAGACAACUUGGGUGGAGACAUUUUUCUAAUUUUUAAAUAAAUUUAAAUUUAA